AUGAUUAUGAUUAUGAUGAUAAUUAAAUACGGUUUUAAUUGUUCGCUUGUAUCUUUUUUUUUUAUGUUCAAAAAUACUCCUCACAUCACUAAACGCUUCCCAACACCAUGUCGUUACUAUGCCCAAGGAAGCUGUAGAGCGGGCCAAGAGUGUGUCUUUUCUCAUGUGCUACCACUCCAAGGCAAACCCAGUGAAAUACCUCAUCCAGUUCUUCUCUGUCCAUCAGAUGACAUGGCAAACUCACUUCAAAGUGCCAUUCGUGACUUGGAAUUAGAUCAACUUGAGAAUAAGUACAGACCAUUCUACAAAAGUACAAAUAUCACAACCUUAGUUACAAUCAUUGAACUAGUCAUUCCAUCCAACCAUCCACUACUUGCACAUUUCUUUUUGUUUAUUCCUUCAGACUAUCCUGACGCUCAUUGUGUCCUUCAACUCGAUUCAUCUCUCUCACUUGAGAUCCAGAGUCGAGUACAGCAAGCAUUUGAAGAUCAUGCUUGGCAUCACAAUAGACACACAACCCUAGUGCAACAGCUGGACUGGUUAUGCACUCAUCAUUUUUCUCUGUUUCCAGCAUAA